AUGUUUAUAGAUUGCGGACGGUAGAGAAUUUGUCAUGUGCCAUCGCUGUUGGGUGGCAGCCGGUCGGCAUAAUCCGGCAGCCAGACUCGACGCGAACGCAGAACUCGUAGCUGCUCCACCUCCGCGUGUCUCCAUUGAUUUAGAGGGAUAUAGGCGAGCUCCCAACACAGCGAACAGGUGUUUGUUUCCGGCUUGCCAAAAUGAUAACCUACAGAGGAUUCCCAACUUCCUCAAGACUCGGGUUCUUGUGGUUUCCAAGAUCUAUCUGCCCCAGAGUGCUCGUAUCUGUGAAGAGCAUUUUCUAAACGGUCAAUGGGAAGAGCUAGAUGGUCUUCAACUGCAUACUUUUACUGCGGAGCAGUUGCAAGAUAUGCUGAACACAUUAAUUCAGGCGUAUAAUGAAAAAAGCCAAUUUGAUUUUGACGAGAUUGAGGACAUAUCGCCGGAGGAGCUCCAUUUCUGUGUUGGAUUGACCCAUCAACAAUUUGAGAACUUGCUGCACGAGAUGCCUUCUCUCACGGAACGGUCGCGUCACCCAAAAACCGUUUUAGGAGCAUAUUUAAUGAAAAUGAGGACGGGUGAACCCGAUGAGAGACUUGCCGCUAGGCUCAACAUGAGCCGUCGCUCUUUGGAACGAAAAUUGGAAUUAGCCAGAGAGUGCCUUCUUGGUGAUUUUGUCCCCAACCAUUUGGGCUGGGACCACAUAACUAGGGAACAAAUAAUAGAAAAAAAUCUAGCCAUUGCUAAUCAUUUAUACGGGGAUAUAGGUACCAAGGCAGUGUUAAUUUUUGAUGGUACAUAUAUUUAUAUUCAAAAAAGCGGAAACUUCUUGUUUCAGAAAAAAACGUACAGUCCGCACAAAUUCCGUAAUUUGAUUAAACCGUAUCUGGUGGUCUGCCCCGACGGCUAUAUAGUCGACGUUGCAGGACCAUAUGCAGCAACAACGUCCGAUGCUGACAUUAUGUCGCAGGAGUUAGCAGUAGACGGUCCAAUGAAUUAUGUGCUGGAAGCCGGUGACGUGUUUAUAGUAGAUAGGGGGUUUAGAAAUUCAAUCCCCGACAUCGAGGCAUGCGGCUAUGAAGCUCAUAUGCCACCAACGAAACAACCCCAUGAGACACAACUAAGCACCGAAGACGCCAACAAAUCCCGUCUGGUAACUAUUGUCAGGUGGGUUGUUGAGGUGAUAAACGGUCGGCUUAAAAGAGAUUUUAAAUUACUCAGACAGGAGUACUGUAACAGAGCCCUGCCAAAAAGCUUUAAUGAUGUGCGCAUUGCAGCAGCGCUCACAAACGUCUUUAAAGAACCUCUAGGUGAUUCACCUUACGCCAACGAAAUUAUAGAAAUUAUAGACGAAAGGCGGGAAAUACCAAACUUGCUCGGAAAUUAUGUUGUUGAACAAAAUAUAAAUAGACAGAGAGCAGCGUUCCAAAAUAUGACCGACGCAGAGGUCGUUGAAAGAACUAGAUUUCCGAGGCUAACUACCGACGAAUUAGUGCUCAUAGCGCUGGGCACGUACCAAAUUAAGCUCGCGCGCUCUUACUUGAGCGAACAGGUUCGGAAUGGGGUGUAUCAAAUUGAGAUUUGUGAAACUGCCAUUCCGAACCUGAGGCAGUAUGGCAUAAAUAUAGAGGCGGGCGUUCUGCUUAGAGGACGAAUAAGGUCUAGACUGACAGGAAACAAAAUUCACUACUCUUAUAUUUUAGUGAACAACGGAGAGCAAGGGAGGCGCGCAAUAUUAAACCACUACUGCUCCUGUCGAUCAGGAAAAAGAACUAUAGGGACGUGCGCUCACAUUAUAAGUAUAAUGUGGUUUUUAGGUUGGGCGAGGUACACCAAUGUGUUGUUGCCAGCUACAUUUUUAGACAACAUCAUUUUAAAUGUAGAUAAUUAA